UCUCCGCCGUGGGACAUUCAGCUAUUGUGCGUGUUGGGGAGGGAACUCGAAAGUCUCAGCGUUGUUAUACUUCAAUGAAAGGACGCGGAAGUAAACAGUCUUUAACGGAUUUGUUUUAUUUAACCUUUAUGAUUUUACGAAUAUGACGUUUUCCUUUUGAUGCGAAUUUGCGAAAUUUUGACUGAAAUUAUGAUCUAGUUGGCAAAGCCCUGCUGGCCGCGUAAAUUUCCCGACCUCUUGUGACUGUCAACGCGUGGCUCUUUACAUGAGAUAAAGACCGACUGCAGUCCUUCUGCCUCCCUAUUCCAACUCUUUGACCCUUCCACCUCUCGCCAUGGAAGCCAGAGGAAAGUACGAGUUUAAUGCUACGGCUGAGGAUGAGCUGAGCUUCCGAAAGGGAGACAUCCUGAAAAUUCUAGGUAGUCAAGAUGAGUGGUUUAAGGCAGAGCUGCAUGGACAGGAAGGCUUUGUGCCCCAAAACUACAUCGAGAGACAAACCCCAAGCUGGUUCAAGGAGACGGCAAGCCGCAGCUCUGCUGAGGAGCUCCUGAUGUCUAGGGAGGUGGGGGGAUUCCUGAUCCGUGGCAGUCAGAGCUCCCCUGGAGAAUUCUCCAUCUCUGUCAGACAUGAGUUUGACGUGCAGCAUUUCAAAGUGAUGAAGGACAGCAAAGGCCACUACUUCCUGUGGUCAGAGAAAUUCACUUCCCUCAACAAGCUGGUGGACUUCUACAAGAACACCUCCAUCUCCAAGCAACGGGACAUCUACCUCAGAGACGGUAGCCGGGAUGACCAGAGCCCAUCCGCACCCCAACCGUUGAAGAGGGGGAGUCUACCUGAGGAGAGGAGCUAUGGGUCCCCUACUGCAGCCACGUCACACCGCAGGGCCUCAGACCUUCCUCACAGUCAGCAGAGUAAGAGACCUGGGAUGGAGGGGAGGGCUCACACCAUAGGCACCCCUGGUAGAAACACCCCCCUAACCUCUCUGCCAGCCCCCCAAAGGACAUCUGAAACCAUACCUCAUCCACAGAGGGCAGUCAUGCAGGUGAAAGCAGUGUACGACUUCACAGCGGAGGAAGGGGACGAGCUAGGCUUCCGUGCAGGUGAUGUCAUUGACAUUUUGGAUCACUCUGAUCCAUCGUGGUGGAAAGGAAGAUUGCGGGGUAAAAGUGGUCUGUUCCCUGCCAACUAUACCACACCAUUAUGAGGAAAGCUUAGAGAGAGAAGUCGCUCUUUGGACUUCUCCAAUCAUAUGGACUGUGAUGAUAAGAGUCGGGCAACACACAGAAACUUCAGCAGCCCAAACUGUAGGACUAAAAAGAAAUUGGUUCACAUAUGAUUUCUGAUAACAUAUGCUCACACAUUUAUUUUUAUUUUAAAGCUGGUGCUCAGCAUGGUACAAUUGACAUACCUAAAUUACAUUGAUUUAUAAGCAGAGGCGGACUUACCAUUAGGCAGAAGAGGCAAUUGCCUCAGGCCUGACAUCAUCAAGGUGCCUUGUGAGCUGGGCAUAAUAAUAAAAUACUAGCAAUCUUCUUUUUCCCCCCAAUAAUAUCUCUGCAUGAGACCCCACAACUGGUUUACAAUAAUGGACUAUUCCACCUUGACAGAGUUCCCAUGCAUUGUUUCACGCGAUAUGAUUGCACAUUUGACUUUCAUUGUAAUUAAGCUGUAUCAAUGAGGUGCUUGCACAGCGGGGCAGAGAAAUGUGCAAUUAACGCAACCAGUGAAAAUAAAAAGAAAGAAAGAAGAUUUAACAGAACAUUUUUGUAAGUUAAUGCAUUUCUUUAGUCAAAAGACAAGUGCUGCUUGUAAUACUGACAUUGUCAUCGAGGCAGAAGACAUGUAUGUGUAGACAAUGUAUCUGAUGCAAUCUGGCCAAACAGAGUAUGGCAUGUCAUACGCUUUUUGGCCAGACAGAAUCAGAUACAUUGGAACCAUAUAGAAAGACAGAGGGGCGUUGUUUGGCUCACUAGGAUAAUCAGAUCAUCUCCAGUGAGAUAGUUUGUCACUUGCAAAUUGAAGGAAAGUUGUUUGGAUGUUACUUUAAGAAGUGAUUGUUUGACAAUCAGAUGAAAACAUCAUGACUUGUUGUGUUCAUUUUAAUCCCAGCCCCCGCCCCCGCAGGAGGCCUUUUGCCUUUUGGUAGGCCGUCAUUGUAAAUAACAAUUUGUUCUUAACUGACUUGCCUAGUUAAAUAAAGGUUACAGGUUAAACAAAAA